UGCGCGUUCCCGCCGUGGCCUCUCCUAGGCUCUCCCCCCUCCCCGCUCACGCCGGCCCCGCGCCCCGGUCUCGCGCCAUGGCGGCCGCCGCGGAGGAGCCGUUCCCGUUCCACGGGCUCCUGCCCAAGAAGGAGACAGGCGCCGCGGCCUUCCUCGCCCGCUUCCCCGACUUCGACGGGCGGGGGGUGUUGCUGGCCGUGCUGGACACCGGCGUGGACCCCGGGGCGCCGGGCAUGCAGAUCACGACUGAUGGGAAACCGAAGAUAGUUGAUAUAAUUGACACAACAGGCAGUGGUGAUGUAACUACAUGUACCAUUGUAGAACCUAAAGAUGGAGAAAUUACUGGUCUUUCUGGAAGAACUUUAAAGAUUCCAGCAAACUGGGUAAAUCCUUCAGGCAAAUAUCACAUUGGCAUAAAAAAUGGCUACGAUAUCUAUCCUAAAGCUCUUAAGGAGAGGAUUCAGAAAGAACGCAAGGAAAAGCUCUGGGAUCCUGUUCACAGACUGGCUCUAGCAGAGGCUUGUAGGAAACAAGAAGAAUUUGAUGCCGCUUUUAGCUCUCCUUCACAGGUAAAUAAGCUAAUAAAGGAAGAACUUCAAAAUCAAGUGGAAUUGUUGAAUUCUUUUGAGAAAAAAUACAGUGAUCCUGGCCCAGUAUAUGAUUGCUUAGUGUGGAAUGAUGGUGAGACCUGGAGAGCCUGCAUAGAUACAAGUGAGAGUGGUGACUUAACUAACUGUACAGUGCUGAGAACCUACAAAGAGGCUCAGGAAUAUGGAUCUUUUGGAACAUCUGAGAUGUUGAAUUAUUCUGUGAAUAUAUAUGAUGAUGGAAACCUCCUGUCCAUUGUAACAAGUGGAGGAGCACAUGGAACACACGUGGCUAGUAUUGCAGCUGGAUACUUUCCAGAAGAACCAGAAAGAAAUGGUGUGGCUCCUGGAGCUCAGAUUCUUGCAAUCAAGAUUGGCGAUACGAGACUGAGUACAAUGGAAACUGGCACUGGUCUAAUAAGAGCUAUGAUAGAAACAAUAAAAUACAAAUGUGAUCUUGUCAACUAUAGCUAUGGAGAAGCAACACACUGGCCAAAUUCUGGGAGAAUUUGUGAAGUGAUUAAUGAAGCAGUGUGGAAACACAACGUGAUCUAUGUUUCAAGUGCAGGAAAUAAUGGUCCUUGCCUCUCUACAGUAGGAUGUCCUGGUGGAACUACAUCGAGUGUGAUAGGUGUUGGUGCCUAUGUAUCACCUGACAUGAUGGUUGCUGAAUACUCUUUAAGAGAAAAACUGCCUGCAAAUCAAUAUACUUGGUCAUCCAGAGGGCCUAGCACUGAUGGAGCCCUUGGAGUAAGUAUUAGUGCCCCAGGAGGUGCUAUUGCUUCUGUUCCAAACUGGACUCUGCGAGGAACACAACUCAUGAAUGGCACAUCCAUGUCUUCUCCCAAUGCAUGUGGAGGCAUUGCAUUAGUGUUGUCAGGACUCAAAGCUAAUGGUAUUCACUACACUGUACAUUCUGUCAGAAGAGCUUUAGAAAAUACUGCAGUGAAAGCUGAAAACAUUGAAGUGUUUGCACAAGGACAUGGUAUUAUUCAGGUUGAUAAAGCCUAUGACUACCUCAUUCAGAAUUCGUCAUUCACAAGCAACAUCGGCUUUACAGUUACUGUUGGCAGCAACCGUGGAAUCUACCUCAGAGAUCCGGCCCAGAUAGCUGCACCAUCUGAUCAUGGGGUUGGCAUAGAACCUGUCUUUCCUGAGAAUACAGAAAAUACUGAAAGAAUAUCUCUCCAGCUUCAUUUAGCUUUAACCUCAAAUGCACUGUGGGUCCAGUGUCCUAGUCAUUUAGAGCUCAUGAACCAGUGUCGACACAUAAAUAUUCGUGUGGAUCCACGUGGCCUCAGAGAAGGAGUACAUUAUACAGAAGUGUGUGGAUAUGAUACAGCAACGCCUAAUGCAGGCCCUCUGUUCAGAGUUCCAAUCACUGUUGUUAUACCAACAAGAGUAGAUGAAUCAUCAAGCUAUGACCUGACAUAUACAGAUGUUCAUUUUAAACCUGGUCAGAUCCGAAGGCAUUUCAUUGAUGUUCCACAGGGAUCUACAUGGGCUGAAGUGACAGUGAGUUCAUGUUCAGCUGAUGUGACUGCCAAGUUUGUGCUUCAUGCUGUUCAGCUAGUGAAACAAAAGGCAUAUAGAAGUCAUGAGUUCUACAAAUUUUCAUCCUUACCAGAAAAAGGAUCAGUGACUGAAGCAUUUCCUGUCUUAGCUGGAAAAACAAUUGAAUUUUGUGUUGCUCGGUGGUGGGCAAGCCUUAGUGAUGUUAGCAUUAAUUACACAAUUUCUUUCCAUGGUGUACUUUGCGCUGCUCCUCAGCUAAACAUGCAUGCUUCAGAAGGCAUCGUACGAUUUGAUGUUCAGUCCCUGUUGAAAUAUGAAGAUAUUGCUCCAUGCAUAAAUCUGAAAAGCUGGGUUCAAACGCUCAGACCAGUGAGUGCAAAAAUAAAACCUUUGGGUUCCAGAGAUAUUUUACCAAAUAACCGUCAACUGUAUGAGAUGAUUUUGACAUAUAAUUUUCAUCAGCCUAAGAGUGGAGAAGUAACUCCAAGCUGUCCACUUCUUUGUGAAUUGUUGUAUGAAUCUGAAUUUGAUAGUCAACUGUGGAUUAUUUUUGACCAGAACAAAAGACAAAUGGGUUCAGGAGAUGCCUAUCCACACCAGUAUUCUGUGAAACUGGAAAAAGGAGAUUACACUAUUCGGUUACAAAUUCGUCAUGAACAGAACAGUGAGCUGGAUCGCAUCAAAGACCUUCCAUUUAUUGUUUCUCACAGGUUGUCUAGUACCUUGAGCUUAGAUAUUUAUGAAAACCAUAGCCUUGCUCUCUUAGGGAAGAAGAAAUCCAACAGUUUGACAUUACCACCAAAACACAGUCAGCCAUUCUUUGUUACAUCUCUGCCUGAUGACAAAAUACCUAAAGGAGCAGGACCAGGAUGUUAUCUUGCAGGAAGUCUUACACUAUCUAAAACAGAACUUGGAAAGAAAGCUGGGCAGUCUGCAGCAAAACGACAAGGAAAAUUUAAAAAGGAUGUCCUUACUGUUCACUAUCAUCUGAUACCAUCACCAUCAAAGAGUAAAAAUGGCAGCAAAGAGAAAGAAAAAGAACAGGAAAAAGAAAAAGACGUAAAAGAAGAGUUUGCUGAAGCUUUAAGAGAUCUAAAAAUACAGUGGAUGACUAAGCUAGAUACCACUGACAUGUAUAAUGAGUUGAAAGAAGCAUUUCCUAAUCAUCUUCCAUUAUAUGUUGCAAGACUUCAUCAGCUGGAUUCUGAAAAGGAACGAAUGAAAAGACUAGAUGAAAUUGUUGCAGCUGCAAAUACUGUAAUCUCUCAUAUUGAUCAGACAGCAUUAGCAGUAUAUUUUGCCAUGAAGACUGAUCCCAGGCCUGAUGCAACUACUAUAAAAAAUGAAAUGGAAAAACAGAAGAGUACUUUAGUGGAUGCACUUUGUCGAAAAGGAAGUGCACUGGCUGACCAACUGCUUCAUCUGCAGGCCCAAGAAGGGGCUGCUUCCAGUGAUACAGAGGGCAAAGAUGAGGAUCAUGAGAGGUGCUCAGAAGUUUUGACAGAGACAUUCUGGGAAACAACAAAAUGGACUGAUCUUUUUGACAGCAAGGUUUUGACUUUUGCCUAUAAGCAUGCAUUGGUAAAUAAAAUGUACGGGAGAGGUCUCAAGUUUGCCACAAAACUUGCAGAAGAAAAGCCAACAAAGGACAACUUGAAAAACUGCAUUCAGCUAAUGAAGUUGCUUGGAUGGACUCAUUGUGCAACUUUCACUGAGAAUUGGCUUCCUGUCAUGUAUCCACCUGAUUACUGCGUAUUCUAGAAAAUCAACAGUUGUAAAAUUAAAAUGAUUUUAUAUGGGGCAGGAUAGGAAAAGAUAGGUUUGACUUUUUAUUCGAACGCAUGUUUUCAUUACUGAAUGCUGAUUAUUAAAUUGUGUGUAUUUAUCAGUAAAGGCACCUGGGUACAGUUAAUACCUGUUAACCUAACUCCUAUAAUUAGGGAGUUUCCUUAUUGUGCAUCCCAUUGCUGGCAAUGGAUGUGCCAGAACUGCCAACACCAAGGAUUUGGAAUCAGGUUGGAAAGACUUACUGCAUGCAUGUUAGGUUCUGAACUAUUACUUUUAACUGCAAACCUGUAAAAGUUCUGUAUUUUUUACGAUAAACUGAAUUUUAACAUGUUUGAUCUUAAUUUCAGUUGUACGAAGGCCUUAAAGCUACUUCAAGAGUGGCUAAACUCUUACUUAUUAGACAAAAAUAAUGGAACACGUGUAUUGUUUGCAAGAGUUUACAUUUAAUUUUUUUUAAGAAAAAUUCAACCUCUCAAAAUGUUAUGGUAUUUGAAUUGCUGAUGCAUAGGUGCUCUUGUAAAUCUUCAUUUUGGAGUGAUUUCAGACAAACUCAAAAAUCUGUGUGAAGCUGAGUAUCAAGGACAGACUGAUACAUGUAUAAAAGUGCCAGACAGUUACAUCUUGAUCGGAUAUUGUAAAGCUAUACAUAUAUGUUUAUUAAUGUUAAAAGUAUAAACCACAGCAGAAUAAAUGUGCAAAGCUGAAGAUCAAAAAACCGCUAUGUGCACUCUGAUACUUUAAAAGAUUUUUAUAAUUAAUAAAAAUACUGAAGCUAAAAAUUGUAUUGGUUUCUGGAUUAGUACAUAAAAAACUUGCUGAAAGAAAACACCUUACAAACAAAAGUUCAGUGCAACCCAGAAGAUCAGUGCUUUUUGUUAAAGCCUUGUUACUGACUACUGCUAUGAAAAUUGUUCCUUCAGUGAAGGGAAAUUGGUCUGUUUGAACAGGUCAUAUGUAUCAACCAGAGACAAAUUGCCAUAUCCUUUGCCUUGCUAGUUUUUUCAAUACUUGCAAUGCAAAACUUAAAUACAACUGCGACUUUACAAAUGUAAAUGCACAUAAGGUGCAACAUAAUCCUGCAAAGCAUUCCAAACUGUGAGGUCCUGCCACUAAAUCAAGAAUAGUGA